AUGAGCAAACUGUUUGAAACCACCAUAAUCAGAUUAGCGUUAAUAGUUUUGAAUCUGCGGUUAGACUCCGUAACUGACUGCAUGAAAGAACAGUACUUGGCGCCAGCGUGUCCGAGUGUCAACAGCAGGUUUGGAGCUCUUCAGCCGGGGGGUAAUGACAGAGAUGGGGUUUCAUCUCAAUGCGAAAACCACCUCACCGUCAAGCCGCAAAUUGCAAAAACUCGCCGUUGGGAACUCCUGAAUCUGCGUCACACUAAACAUUUAGAAAAUUUGAAAAUGAAAACAAAGUUCAUGUACGAAAAAUAA